GUUAGUGCGCUCUUGAUUAAACAGCCAAGUGAGCAAGUGCGUCAGUCAGCUAGUAGUAAGUGAGUCUAGCUGAAAAAAAUUAACCGCAAGCAGACAGAUAGACAAAGCGCACAGCGAGUGGGCAAAAGAAAAGCAUAUUGAGACUUGCGGAAAGCAAUGUAUGCCCAUAAAGGCAGUUGAACGAUGGAACAAACGUCAAGAAAGCAGAAUAAAGAACUGCAUUAAUAACGUGAAAGCGUGUGACAAACAUAUAUACGAUGUUUUUGUAAUCGUUGAACACUUUUCUGGUCGUCUAAGUCAAUUUGCAAACUUAUACAAUAUUUACAAAAGAAGCAAAUACUAAAAUAUCGUUGCAUAUCUGCGCUUUUGUCUUUUCCUAGUGUCAUUGUUGUUUGUCUAGAUUGCGUUUUGGCUGUUGUCUAGCGUUGUCGACACUGCCGCCGACGGACGUAUUGACAUUUAGUGCGGCGCUAUUGGCUUAGUUGUGCUUUCGCCUCUUCGGCAGGUACAGUAAAAAAGUUGUUGUGUGCCGCAUUGGUGUUGUGACAAAGCAGAAGAAAGAAGAGAAUUACAAAAAAUGAAAUAAUAAAAAUAAUAAUAUAUAAAAAGCGGAGAAAAAUUAAGUAAUAUAUGAGCGGAAUUGUCUGAAAAAUGGCGUUUUGUUGAUUUGUCGUUGUGGUCAAAACGGGGAAAAAUGAAGGACCCAAAGGAACUUUUACAAGAAGUUAAUAUAGAAGUAAAUAAUAAAAUGGAGAAUUUGGAAGGCGAUUCAAAUGACAGGGAUGCCGAGGGACAUAUGAUGCAUGGCAUUGAGCCGGCGUUCUCGGCGCUCAGCAGCACCUCCGCACACAGUCCAAGCGGCAGUCAGGCACUGAGUCCAGCGCUCAGUCUAAGCGGUGGUAAUAGCAAUAGCAAUGGCAAUUUAUCUACUAGUGGCAAUAAUACUAUAAGCAAUAACAACAACUCAUAUGCGCAAAACAAUAACACACAAUCGGCAACAGUUUGUGCAAUAUGUGGCGAUCGCGCCACCGGCAAACAUUACGGUGCUUCCAGUUGUGACGGCUGCAAAGGGUUCUUCCGACGCAGUGUGCGCAAGAAUCAUCAAUAUACCUGCAGAUUCUCCCGCAACUGCGUUGUGGACAAAGACAAACGCAAUCAGUGUCGUUAUUGCCGCUUACGUAAGUGUUUUAAGGCGGGCAUGAAGAAGGAGGCAGUGCAAAAUGAACGCGAUCGUAUUAGUUGUCGUCGCACCUCAAACGAAGAUCCCGAUCCCGGUAAUGGCUUGUCCGUUAUAUCACUGGUUAAGGCCGAGAUUGAGAGUCGUCAAUCGAAAGCGGGCGCUGCCAUGGAGACCAAUCCGAAUGAAGAUCUAUCGAACAAACAAUUCGCGAGCAUCAACGAUGUGUGUGAGUCAAUGAAACAACAGCUAUUGACGCUGGUCGAGUGGGCCAAACACAUACCAGCCUUUAAUGAUCUGCAGCUGGACGAUCAGGUGGCGUUACUUCGCGCGCAUGCUGGCGAACAUCUGUUGUUGGGAUUGUCGCGGCGCUCUAUGCAUCUGAAAGAUGUGUUGCUGUUGGGCAACAACUGUGUUAUCACGAAACAUUGUCCCGAUGCGCGUCUGUCGCCGAACUUGGAUAUUUCGCGCAUUGGCGCUAGAAUCAUAGAUGAGCUCGUUUUUGCGCUACGCGAUGUGAAUAUUGACGAUACCGAAUUGGCAUGCAUCAAGGCGCUGGUGUUCUUCGAUCCAAACGCCAAAGAUCUCAAGGAACCGCAACGCGUCAAGACGUUGCGCCAUCAAAUCCUAAACAAUCUGGAAGAUUAUGUGUCGGACCGACAAUAUGAGUCUCGCGGUCGUUUUGGCGAAAUACUCUUAAUACUGCCCGUACUGCAGUCCAUCACCUGGCAAAUGAUCGAACAAAUACAGUUUGCGAAAAUUUUCGGUGUCGCCCACAUUGACUCGCUGCUACAGGAAAUGCUACUUGGAGGUGAACUGGCCGACAACUCACCACUCUCGCCGCCAAGCCUGAACAACUACAGUCCGACACGCAAUAUGGACGGCAGCCAUGUGUCGUCAACACUGGACGUGCUCACCUCACCCACAAGCGCUGAUCAUUUGAGCGCCUGCAUGGAUAGCAACAGUUUGGAUGCACAAAUGAUGUCACCAUUACUGGAAAAUAUUGCCGCAUCGCCACCACAAUACAAUCAAUUGCGCUCAUAUCAGACACAGCGCCCACAACAACAACAACAAGCGGUCAACAACAACACAGGUACACCACUACAUACACGCGGAAUGCAUUCACCACACCUCAAUGACGCUGAUGCGAACAAUAUCGACAUGGUUAACGGCGCCGGCAACUCAUGCAUGGACGAGAAUAGCAUGUACAACACCAACAGCGUUAUGCGUCCAUUAUCCACGAGCAGCGCUCACAAUUUGCCACAUAUGUCAUCACCGAAUAUGCAACAGCAUUCACAUGCCGCAUCCUCACCAAUGCAACAUUCACCGCCGUUGCAUCGCAAUCAUCCCUACCAAAGACCGGAGCAGUUGAAUGCCGCGCAGCAACAUAAUAAUGGCGCCGUUGCGCAGCAGCUACGCAAUCCGGCUGAGAUGACGUUAAAUGAAUAUAAUAGCGGCAGCGCUGAGGAAAUGCUGCGUCGUGCGCCAAUCAAAAUACGUGGACCCGACGCGCUGAGCAGCGGCGCUGGCGGUGCUUAUAUGAUGGGUGGCGGUUUGCAUGACGCCGAGAGCGCGUAUCGUCUAACAUUGAAACAGGAACCGGAAACGGGUUAUUGAAAUAUGGUGGGGGUUGCACGAAGAGUUACUACCAUAAAGCUCUCUAGUUAGCGUUGUCAACUGUAAAGUCAUAUACAUAUUAUAUAACAAUAAAAGUUAGUAAAUAAGUGCGCUUAGUUGGGGUAGUGCAACUAUUUUAUGAAAUGUCAAUAGAGACGUCUCAACUUUGAUGCCAAAUUUGUUUUGCCGCCAAUUUAACGGUACUUUAAGUCAGGUUACUUGAAGUCGCGUUCAACAGCGUCAACUAGCUACUUGUUGAGCGCUGAAUUUAGCAA